UCUUUCGAGUAGACAUUCACAAGGACUAGCACGCAGCUGAGCACUGAUUUUGUACUUUGCAAAAAAUUAAUUCAUACGGUUUUCUUUAUGGAUUUUCACGGCAAUAAUUAAUUGUAAAGCGCAUAUACACAUAGACGCAAGCAAAAACUUCUGUGGGACACGUGUGCAGCAAGUAAAAGUAGCACCCAGGCAACAUCAUCAAAUCAGAAGCGAAAGCAAAAGUCAAAAGGGGAGGCGAUUCGAUGUUAUCGCUGCUUGCUACGACGACGACAAAGUUGCUGCUGCCCUCAUCUAUUAGUUUGCGACACAAUGGCAAUUAAUUGAGGCACGACGAAGUCAACAAGCAAUGUCGAGCUCUUGCUGCAUCGCCACUUAACAACAACAAACUGUGCAUGGAAAUGUGCAAAUGAGACGUAAAUCUGCAAAGCGAAAACCCAAGAGAGAGUUAGUUGAAAGUAAAUGCGUGCCACAGUUGCUGGAGCGCAGUCCCAUGCCCCAAGCGUGGAGCCCGUUAUGUCACGCCUGGACUAUGAACAGAACGCACUUCAUCACAGCUGUCUGCUGGUGCUGCUGCGUGGCGUCGGACCCUCCCGUGCCCGCAUCCUACAGCGGGCCUUCGAGAAGGUGCGACGUGUCAACAACAUCAAAGUGACGGAUUCUAGUGGAGUAGUGCGCACUAUUUAUUUUCGCUUCAUUCACGAGCAUCCCGUGGAACACAAUGAUUGGGGCGACUUUCAGACGCAUCGUCGUCUGCUCGGCUUGAUAACAAUUGGCAAAUUCGAGAAUCAAACGGAACUCAAUGAGCUGUGUCGUCACCAUGAAUCGCUUAAAGUGCGUUAUGGCGGCACACUCUAUGAAUCGCGUGCCAUAUUCUUUGGACCAGAUGCAGCGUCGAGUGAAUCCUUGGCAAUUCAAAACAAAGCUGGCAUUACUACGGUUGAUAAUGCACAAGCAGAUGGCAACACAGAUUUGGUGGUGCUCAAGGAGACUCAGCAUCCUCUCGCCGCUACUCGAUUGCAGGAUGAGUUCACAACACCUUCCAAUUUCAAGUCGCAGGCAUUUUUCUAUCGUGAGCAGGACAACUGCAUUGACCUAGAGACGCGUGUGAGCGACUUUCUCAAUGCUUUGUUCUGGGUGUUGGAGUCGAGGCGCUUGGAACGCUCACGGGAAAGAGCCGAGAAGGUCAGUUUACUGCUGGCGCCGUUUGAAAAACGCGACUUCGUCGGCUUGGACAUGGAGUCGCGCAACAAUCGUAAGCGUUGCGUUGGUCGUGUCAUGAAAAAUCUGGCGGAUCUCUCGCUGCAGGCUGGUCUACUGGAUGACGCUUUAAGCUUGUAUCACAAUGCCAACGAGACACUACGCUCGGUGGGCGAUUCACUGUGGGUGGGCGCCAGCGAGGAAGGAUUGUGUGCAGCCUCCGCUGUGAUAUUGUAUCCACAAAUGCGUGAGAUUGAGACGCUGCACAGGAAUGCAUCGUUGCAGGAAACAGGCACUUCGCCGCUACGCAACACUCCAGAAAAGUGGAGAGCAAGCGAUGCUACCAAGAAAAUCAAUACGCCGGCCAAUUGUGCGGAUGCCAUCACGUCGAAUUCAUCUUCCUGCUCAUCGGUUUCAUCAUUAUUGACCAACAACUCGUCGGCAUCCGGCACACCAACCACAUCGUCCUCCUCCUCGACAUCGACAAUAUCGGCCACGCCAUUUGGCCAUCAACGCAAUGGCGAAUUGCCGGGCAACAUACUCAAGCCGGAGGAGAUUACCAACUAUUACCGCAAGGCAAUAAUUAACUAUAGCAAGUAUCGACAUGCAGCCACCAUUGAGACAGAAGCUGCCCUCAAAGCCACUCGCAUUUGCAUCGAACAAAAUCGUCCACUAGACGUUGCCAUGUUUCUGCAAAACAUUUUGUACAUCAAUCUGAGUUUGAGCGAAGCGGAGCGUGUAAAACGCUUUGAAAUUAUGACCGAGCUGUAUCAACAAAUUGGUUAUCAACGCAAAGCGGCAUUUUUCCAGCGCCUGGCAGCUCUCAAGCAUGUGCAGCAGGGCAGUCAAGCGCCGGAUUGGACGCAAAGCUAUCGACUAAUGCUAGGCAGCUUCACAGGCUAUCUACUGUCACUCGAUCCACUCGAAGUGCUAGAGAAUGCUGCCGGCUGGCCAGCAUUGCAAAUAGAUUUGGCACAAAAUCUAAUAACGGCUGCGCGGCGUUUGGGACAAUCGGCAUUGGCCACGCGCCACAUGACGUUCCUGCUGCAGACCCAAUGGGAUAACAUGACCGCCACCGAGCAAAGCGAAAUGGCUGUGCAGUUGCAGAAUCUAAGCGCACAAUGCGAAGGCUCCCCAGUGCCGUUAGUACUGGACAAUGGAACUGUGAUACCGCCCGCAAAUCUUACCGAUUUGCCCUAUUGCAUGGAGAUGGUGGUCAAAGAUUUGCCCGCACAUUUGCGGCCGCAACGCAUCAAGAUUGCCAAAGCCGACAGCGGCCCUUUUCUUUUUACCCCCAUACACUUUAAUUCAGUGGAUCGACGCGACAAGAAGAAGGACAAGAACAAAAUAGCCUUUCUGUGGGUGCAAAACGAUCUCAGCGAGGUGUGCGUUCGCCUGCGCAAUCCGUUGCCAUUUGAACUGGCAGUCACCGAUAUGCGUCUUCUUAGCAAUGGCGUUGUCUUUGAAUCGCUGCCACAGACCGUCAUCUUGCAACCACAUGUGCCAACAAAUGUCGCAUUGCAUGGCACGCCUAUAGAGACUGGGCAACUAGAUUUGCAGGGCUAUAGCACGCAUACACUAGGAGUCAAGUCCAAUUGUCGCUUGAAGCACAUGCGUGGACGCCAUUUGCCGCCCAACUACUUGGUGGAUGUCAUUCCAGCGUUGCCACGCAUCUCGGUGAAAACAUCGCUGCCACAGACGGCAACAUUUAGCAAUAUGAACAAGUCGGAUAUUGUGGUUACAUCGGCAAGCUUGACGCUCUACAAUGGCGAAUCCUCCAGCUGUACCAUAACCAUUCAAAACGAGAGCAACACCCUGCCACUGGAGCAUUUGGAAGUGAAUAUCAACUCGAACGUGGAGCAGGAGUUGCAGAAGAAAAUGUUUCGCAUCGAUGAGCAGGCGCUGCAGGCUCAGCUGCCAGUUGCUCCACAAGGCACACUCGAAUUCGUGGUUGAUAUUUACGCGGAAGCGGACUUUGUUUGCCCCAUGCCACCGGGGUCGUUAAAUACCAGCGCUGAUUACGGACCGUCUUCGAUGCCACACUAUGCCAGCAUAUCGACGUCGGGACAUGCCAGCCUGCCUGUGGGCAUCAGCUCGCCGCAGCAUCGUCGCCAGGACUUGCAGCAUGUUACAGCGCGUUCAACAAUUGCCGCUGCUCAGCAUUCAUUGGCGGCAUUGAAUCUGCAGCCAGGCGGAGCAGAUGGAUCGUCCAGCUUGCGGCCACAGCAGCUGACGCAGCAUAUUGAGGCACAGUUGCGACUCAAAUACUCAGGCGGUGAGGCGCUGGUUGCUGGCUACUGUCGACAAUGCGCUGUAUCCUUGAAUCUGGAGCUGAUUCCCAGUGCGCAGAUCACAAGCUGGGAUGUGUUGCCUGCUGAAAUACCUUCGCAGUUCUAUUUGGUGUUGGAUAUAUCGAAUUUAACCGCUCAAGAAAUGUCGCUCAAUUACACGGAAAACAAGAACAUACUCAUUGAGGCCAAAGAAAGCUGUCGGGUUCCCAUUCCCGUCGAUCGCUGCUCGCUGGAACAGGUUUGCGCUGCACGGGCAGCCGAAGUUGCCGAGAAUCUGGAACGCGAACUGUGUUUUCGCACGCAACUCUUGUCGUUUAGCGAUGCACUCAGCAAGCUGUGCUCUACACACAUCGCAGAACGCGUUAAGAUUAAUUGGCUGUUGACCGGUACUGACAUCCAAGGUGUUGCCUCGUUGCGCGGCAUUGUGCUCUCUCAUGGCAUGGUCGACUUGACUACCGUCUCUCCUCUUGAAUGGUCCAUAAGCUUCCAGGAUACGCUAGUGCAGCCGCACAGCGAGAUUGUGGCCACCGUUGGGCAGCGUGCACAGUUGAGCAUUAAUCUGACCAAUCAAUCUCUGCAACCGCUCAAGAAUUUGGUAUUAACUGUCAAGUUUUACCAGGACUAUUUGAAUGGCAUGGAAAACUACAACCUCGAAACGCGAGUUGCCAUUUCUGGGCCAAAUAGAAUUACAAUUCCUGUUUUGGAGAAGCAAGCGCAGACGCAGCACAAUUGUUCCGUCAUUUUCUUUACGCCGGGUCGCUUCAAGACCAGUAUUGAGUGCGUAACCAAGCCACAGACACAGCAGAAAAACAGUAUUCCAGGAUCAGGAUCAGGAGCAACAAACCCAACAAGUCAAUUAGAAACAAUGUCGACUUCGAGUUUUGAUGAGCAGCAGGCACACACUUGGAAGUUUAUACCACCCAUCGAGGUGACUGUUGUUGAGCAGUGAUUUGCGCGUAAAAAUUGUUAACACUUGUAGCUUAAUUUCGUUGUACUGUAUUCGUAUUUUGUUUAUGUACCGUAUGUAAAUUGUGUACUGUAAAUGUACCUAACUCCUUUAUAGUGUUCUAUGAUCGCAUAGCCAAGUUAAUCUGUGUAUAUAUGAAUAUGCAAACUAUAUACAAUACUAUAUAGAUAUAUAUAAAUAACUACUACAUAAACAGCUAAGCUUUGUUGUAACAUGAAAAGCAAUUGUUUAUAAAAUAAAUAACAAAAGAGAAGGGAAGCAGAAGACAUAUUUAAGCUCAAAACGCACUAUGCUUUAUAGAGAUAUAAAUGCCAUACACAUGCUAAUAGCAUUACUAUUGAUUUACCACUAUAUAUAUUGUAUUGUAUGUGUGUAUAAAAGCUUCAAGCAAGUCGCAAGUUUAGUUUAGUUAGCCAAAUCUUUACUCUACUAUCCACUCCCAAUUCAAUUCUCAAUCAUGAAUCAUUUUACAAAAAAAACACAUACAUAUGAUAUAUGUAUAUAC